GAUGAACCAUUCCCGGACUUAGCGACAUAAGGACCCACGCACCCACGUCCCUUAGAUGCCUAACCAGCUAGCGCGGAGUGAACCAUGUCUGUGGAAUCUUUAUCGAUAGGCUGCCGGCAUUAGCGUCUUGGUAUUGCGAACGCAUUCGAGUUGGGUCGCGUCGUCCCAAGGUCUCUCUCUCCGCCACCAGUCACUACAUUUCUCCCAUCUUUCACCUCGAUUUGCGCUAUGGCGACCGUACACGUAGUAGCGGACGUUAAAAGCGCUCAUGCGCAUGAUGCUGCCAUAAAAUAUCUAGCUCCGAAUCAUGGGCCUUCAUUUGGUCGUAGAGAGCGCCCAUUAGAGGAGUGGAACCUGGCUGGCCCAGAUAUUUCGACUUUACCGGAUCCUCUAACGACCAUAUGGAAAUGUCUCGCCCCGAAUGGAUCAGAACAAAGCACAAGUGGAAAUCAGCCGCCGCCCAAAAGAAGGAAAUCGAAUAAUGGUGGCAGUGUCGGGUUGCAAUCUGUUGACGAUUUUGAUGAAUCGCGGAGCGUGGUUCUUGCGAGAGUAUCUAUUGAUCUGAAAUUUCCAGCUGCAACUCUCACACCGAAAAGCUCACCAACAUCCACGAAUACCCCCCCGCAAUCGCUCGCUGUCACGUUUGAACAAUUCUCUCAACUUUCCGAGCAUGAGUUUCGAUUUACAAUAUGGAACCCCGAGAACCCGAGAACCGGAAUCGAUCUCAUUGCCACGACCGCCCAGUCCAUUACCCCCGCACAGUCGCACCUCAAGACCAUUGGACGGGACCAGUGCACAACAGAGAAUGGAAGGAAGCGUGUCGUAAAACUUGGCGCAAGUUUUAGUAGAUGUGUGGUCAGGCAUACGAAUAGUGGCAAUCUAAGACUGGAUGCUGAACUUCGAUAUCUGGUCGGGUUCCCCAUCGUGGAGAGCAUGCCCGCAUCCAGCUCUGUGGUCAAAAAGGACACAGAGUAUUUACAAAGAUAUCUUCCCGAUCCGUCUGGAGAAGUUACAAAACCAUGGCAAUUAUCCGACUUUUAUGAUGCGGUUCAUGUUCCGCCGCAAGACCUAGAGGUUUCACCACAUAUCGACAAGAGUCUUUUAGAGACACCGUUAUUCCCUUUUCAGCAGCGAGCAGUAGAUUGGUUACUACGACGUGAAGGCGUGGCCUUCGGAUCACAGGGACUUCAGCCAUUGGGGAUCCCACCUCCACCACCAGUUUCAUUUCGAUCCAUCCAGGAUGCUGAUGGUAAGGAUUGCUGCGUUUCGGACGCUCGGGGCCUUAUUGUUCGGGAUACUGGAUCAGUCAGUGAUGGAUCUGUUUCUAUUAAGGGAGGUAUAUUGGCCGAAGAAAUGGGUUUGGGCAAGACCGUGGAAAUGAUCGCACUAAUAAGCCAUCACAAGCGCCUUAUCCAAGAGGAAAACGUUUUCGAUUCCUAUACUGGAACGACUGUGAAGGCAUCAGGAUCAACACUGAUAAUUACACCGCCCUCAAUUCUGCAUCAGUGGAAAAAGGAGAUUAACUCUCAUGCUCCAGAGCUCAAGGUCUUGCAUUACCAAGGCCUACCAGCUGCGACUGCGCCGCGAAAGGAACAUGCAAAAGCCACUGUGGAGUAUUUGAUGGAGUUCGAUAUAAUUUUGACUACGUAUGCCGUACUUUCUCGAGAAGUCCAUUUUGCGAAGCCUCCCCCUGACCGGUCGCUUCGUACUGAAAAGCGACAUCCCGCAAGGAGAAGUCCUCUGGUAGAGAUAUCUUGGUGGCGUGUCUGCCUAGAUGAGGCGCAGAUGGUAGAAAGUGGAGUAAGUCAGGCAGCCACUGUGGCACGUCUUAUUCCGAGGUGCAAUGCAUGGGCAGUAUCUGGAACUCCACUAGCCAAGAACAUUCACGAUCUUCGUGGUCUGCUCAUGUUCUUACGCUACGAACCGUUCGCCAGUCACAAAGGUGUUUGGGACCGGCUUGAUCAGAAUUCCUUUCAAACACUGUUCAACCAAAUUACCCUGCGCCAUUCCAAGGAUAGGAUCCGAGAUGAACUACGCCUGCCUCCUCAGAAGCGUGUUGUCAUAACCAUGCCUUUCACUGCAAUCGAAGAGCAGAACUACUCAGAAAUGAUCCGACACAUGUGUGACACUUGUGGCCUAUCACCAGAGGGAAAUCCAACAUCCGACGAUUAUGACCCCGCUGAUCCAGAGAUCCUCGAGCGCAUGCGCGAUUGGCUUGUCAGAUUGCGUCAAACAUGUCUGCAUGCGCAUGUAGGUAGGAAGAAUAGGAAAGCACUAGGAGCUAAAAACGGUCCCCUUCGAACGGUUCACGAAGUUCUCGAAGUUAUGAUCGAGCAGAACGACACCAACUUGAAAGCCGAGGCUAGAGAGUACAUUCUUGCGCGGAUGCGGAGCGGCCACGUGAAGGGAAAUGCAAAAGACAAUGAGCAGCGAAGCGAGACUGCGUUGCCGUAUUACGAGCAUGCCCUCGCAGACGCCGAGAAUUAUGUCGCGAUUUGUCGAAGCGAACUUGCCGUGGAGAAGGAAAAACUCGGUGCAACUAUCGACGAAGAGCUUGAAGCAGGUGAGGAUGAUGCAGACGAAAAGAAUUUGGGACGUCUGCCAACCAUCCGAAAAUCGCUCCGUUCGUUCCUGGAGCUUGAACAUGCUUGUCGAUUCUUCAUUGGCACGAGUUAUUAUCAGAAAAAGAUCAAUGAAAAUCUGACUAAGCCUGACUCCGAGAACUUUCAUGUACUGGAAAAGCUCGAGGUGGAGUGGUACGACAAAGCAAAGGUCAUUCGACGCGAGCUUCUUCGCGACUCAGAGAGAAGGGCACAGCAACAUAUGAAGAGAAUUACCCUGCGUAAGCCCUUCCAACAACUUCCCGAAGUGAAAGACUUGGAAGACCUCGGAGGAAUCGAGAGUCGAAAGAUCCUUGACACGAUGGAUAGCAUCUCCGACCUUCUCAAUGCACAGGCCAAACAACUAAAGACGUGGCGUCAAAAGGUAGUGGAUAUAUUACUGAUGCCCCUUGUGGACGAGGAUGAAGAGGGCAAGGAGACGACGGGUGAAGAAUAUGAAGACUCUACCAAAGUUCAGGAUGAGCUUUAUGUCUACAUCAUGGCUCUGCGAACACUUAUAGCAGACCGAAGUACCAUGGUGAACGGGCUUAAUGAUAUCCUUGUGGACCAUGAGCUGAAAAUGGCGGAGGCAGCCGCACGAAGUACCGAAGAACCCAGGGGGCACGCUCCAGAGCUUGUGCUCGAGGUAGUCAAGAUCCGGAGCGAACUCAAGCCGACAGCUAUCGUGGGAUCUCUGAAAGGCGUCAUCUCAGGAGUGCGCUCGCUAAUCACGAGCCUCCAAUGGCGGGCAGAUGGUGGGGACACCGGAGCAGCCGCUGAGCUUGCGGUUGCCCAGAAGCAGUUCACGGAGAUUCAAAGAAUCUCCAAUGAGCAGACAGAAGCAAUCAAGGAACUCGAGAAAGAACAGGACCUGUUCCGUGGAGCCAUGAACCAGCGACUGGAAUUUUACCGCCAACUCCAGCACAUCUCUGAUACCGUAGCACCGUGGAAAGAAGACCUUGAUCCAGUGUUCGACGUCAUCAGCUUCAGACAGCUGCAGAAGAAACAGGCAGAUUGUAGUUCUCGGCUCAAUGGGUACAAAACCAAACACAAUUAUCUGACGAAUUUGCGCCAAGAGAACGAACAGGAAGAUGUCAAGCACGAAUGCAUCAUCUGCCAGGACAACUUCGAGAUUGGAGUGCUUACUUCAUGUGGACACAAGUAUUGCAAGGAGUGCAUCAAUCAGUGGUGGCACCAGCAUCGCAGCUGCCCCCUGUGCAAGAUGAGGCUGCGAACGAGAGACUUCAAGGACAUCAACUUCAAACCAAGCGAGAUCAAAGCGCAGGAAGAAAACCAUGGCCAGAUCCUUUCCCCUCAAGGCUCGUCACCAGGCUCGUCCAGCUCAUCCAUAUAUUCCGACAUCAGCGAUUCCGUAAUGAAGGAGAUCAAAACGAUCGACCUGAGCGGUUCAUACGGCACCAAAGUCGACAUGAUCGCGCGCCACCUCAUCUGGAUCCGCAACAACGACCCAGGCGCGAAGUCCAUCGUCUUCUCCCAGUUCGGCGACUUCCUAGAAGUGCUCCGCGAGGCGCUGAAGACGUGGAAGAUCGGCGCGACCAGCAUCCGCGACAAGAACGGCAUCGACAACUUCCUCGCCGACCCAGCCGUCGAGUGCUUCCUCCUCGACGCAAAGUCCGACUCGUCGGGCCUCAACCUCGUCAACGCUACCUACGUCUUCCUGUGCGAGCCGCUCAUCAACCCGGCCAUCGAGUUGCAGGCCAUCGCGCGUGUGCAUCGAAUCGGCCAGCGUCGCCCGACCACCGUGUUCAUGUACCUUGUUAGUGACACGGUAGAGGAGGCCAUCUACGACAUAUCUGUCGGACGCCGCCUAGAGCACAUGGGCAAGUCUUCAGCGUCGACAUCAGGCAGCGCGACGCCGAUACUACAAGAAAAGACGCUCGACGCUGCGAAUUCACUCGAACUAGAGGCAGCGCCCGUGAAGCAGUUGCUACGGAAGAAGGGCGACGGAGAAGUCGUGCAAGCAGAAGACCUAUGGAACUGUCUGUUCGGAAAGCCCAGGAGGAAGCAGCAGCAACAGCAGCGCGUGCUCCUAGACCGCGAGGUUAGUCGCCAUCUGCGUGCCGACGCCGCGGAAGGACGAGCAGAAGCCGCCUCCGCCCAGGCGGACGAUCUGUCGAUACAGACAGUCCGUACCCUUGGGGUUGACAAUCCCUCAGGUGCCACGGAGGCGUGUCCAUCGCGACAAGAAUAGCGCGCAUGGAGCUAGCGCGUGUUGGGAUCUGGCAGUCGAGAUGUUGAUGCACGGCAUUUAGCAGAAACACAAUGAUACGGAGUUAAUGUACACGGACAUCGGAUAUAGAUACCCCCUCCAGAUUUAACUACGAGACGCGAAGGAGCGUUUUGGGCUAAUGUUUGGAUGAUGAAUUGGAUCGCUGCGUCGGAACUUAGUCGGGGGACCAAUCAUGAAUCAAUCAAU